UUGAGAUUGAACAGUCGAUGCUAGUCUAGAAAUUCGAUUUUAUAUUUAAAAAGUGUAAGUUUGUUUCUGUUAAAUAAUUAGUGAUAGUGUACUAUCUAAAAGUAAAAUAAGAUGAAUAAUAAGAAAAAUAAAAGUAGAACACGUAGUAAAACUACCAAAAAGAGUCAGGAAUCCGAUAACUUAAUAGAAAAGUUAGAAGAUAGUGAAAAAGUUAAUUUGGAGAGUUUAAAUACAGAUGAAACGAGAGUGCCAGAUGUAGUGACUGAAACAGUUACCAUCACAGAUUCAUGUCAAUCGACUAAUGAUGUUCCUAAAAAACCUAAACGAAGUAAAAGUAAGAAGAAAAAAGAUCAAUUAUUUGAAAAUGUUCUAAACAAGGAAGAAAACGUUGAGGAAGAUAUUAAAGAAAAUUCGGACAAUGUGGAGAAUAUUUCACAGGAAAAUAGCCAAAUAUCCCCCUGCGUUCGAAAAAACAAAAAGAAAGCAAAAAAAAGUGAAGAAAACUUAGAGCGUGUAAAUCUGGCGUUCGAUGAAUGCACUGAUACAGAACCUAAUAAAGAAAAGUGUGUGAAACAGGAAAUAAAUGAAAGCACUGCAAACAAUGAUCCAAUUUUGCAAAAAGAUGACGCAACUCCUAAAAAAAAGAAAAAAAAGAAACACCGUCAUGAUUCAGAAAAAUCAGACAAAUACUAUCCUUGCACAUUGGCUUUUCAAAACUUAAUUGAAACUCCAAUUCAACCCGAUAAAAGUAACGAUAGAGUUGAAGUGCAAGCAAUACAUAAUGAUAUUGUUACGGAAGAUGUAAUUGAUUUUCAGGAAUCAUCACCAGAACAAAACCAGAAUAAAGAAAUAAAACCUGAAGAAUCAAAGAUUAAAAAAAAGAAUAAAAAGGCUAAAAAGAACCCGCCAGAUGAACACAUACUCUCGGAAACCACUAUAUCAGAAAAAAGUAUUCUAAGUUUUUCCGGGGAUAAUAAUCUACCCUCGGGAAGUUUAGAAAGUGAAAAAAAUUAUAAAGAAACAAGCCCUAAACCUAAAGCCAAAAUUAUAAAACCUGUUCAGAAGAAACGGCAAACUAAGUCCGAAAGUGAAUCUCAAAAACCAUCAAUGGACGAAAAUAUUGAAACAAAUGCCAAUGACAACAAUAACAACGAAAUUUCAAAACCAGUCACAAUAAUAAAAAAUACUGAAGAAAACAAAUGUCAUCCAGAUAACGAUAUUAUAAAAGAAAAUAUUACCUCAUCCAAACCAGUAAUAUACGAUAAUAAUAUGCAUAUUAUUGAAAGAAGUCAGAGUCAAUUAAUUAAACUAGAAAUUAAUGAACCGAAAGAUUCAAGCCCUUUCACAAACAUUUCUGAAAACAAACAAGAAGGUGAAACUGCAUUUAAGAAUCAAGAUGAUGUUGGGUAUGUCAAAGUAAGGACAGUAAAGGGUAAGAAAAAGCAAAAUAAAAAUACCUUAUUGCCUGAUACACCUGAAACGAUUAAGAUGAAGUCACAAGAGAUAGAAAAAGAUUUAGAUAUGUCAUGUAUGGAAAAUAAAAACCAAACAAAAUCUGAACAGGUAGAGAUGCAUAAAAGUAUCAUACCAGAUUUAAUUGAAUACCCACGUUCUACGAGUCAACAAUUUGUUGAUAGUAACAAUAAAACAUUUAUUCAAGAAAUUACUUCCACAGAAGAAGUUAAAUUAGACAGUUCUCAUGAUACACCAACACCUUUAAUUCAAGGAUCAGGAGAGUCACCAGAAGCAAACACCAGAAAAGAGACCGUGCUUAUAAACGUAACAGAAAUUGUUUCACAACCUACCAAUAAAGAUAAGAAUGUGGAAAACGUUCCGAUUUCUGAGAAAACUGAUAUUAAAUCUAAAAUGAUUGAAGUGAAUCGAGAUAUGGAGGAGUUAAGACGAUCAAUCGAAAGAUCAUUAGCUGAAUUAACUGCUAUGGAAAAAAGUGAUACUGAAGUUGAUAAAGAAUUUGAAGAAUUAUUUCAAAGCCAAACUGCAGACAAAACAUCAAUAGAGAUAACGGAAGGUAAAAUUGAUGAUCUUGGAGAUUCAAUUAAAAUUGUUGAAAAUAGUAGAAAAAGUGAAAACAUGAACAAGAAUCUGGAUUCAAGGUCAGACGACGUUAAACCUAUACUUACUGAUGAAGAUAUAAAAAACACAACCUUAGUAAGUAACGCUAAAACCGAUGACGAUACACAAAAUGUUCCACCAGUUUGUCCAGCAAGAAGAGACAAAAACAAAUCUAAAUCCAAGAAGAAAGGAAAAAAAGAAGUCGUCACUACUAACAUUAGCACACCCGUCUUUUCUGGAACUCAAACUGCAACCACGGAAAAAGAUACUACCAAGAAGUCUGAGAAAUCAGAACAAAAAUCAGAAAAUACUCAAGAAAAAGGCAAACAGCAAGCUUCAGGAUGUAAACAAGACUCAAAAUCUUCUCAAAACUGUGAUACCUCACUAGAACCUAUAGAAAAUUUUGAAGACGCGUUAACUUCUAGUGUGGAUGAUAUAAACAACACUUUUGAAAUUAUAGCUAAAGAUGCUAUCGAACCAGUGGUUCCGUUACAAUACCACAAUAAUCCGAAAAUAAAUAUAAUUUCUCCAGCAGAAGACAAUAAUGAAAGAAAACAUCAAAAUCCUAUAACACUUCCAAAAAACUUGUUAAGCCACCCAAAUAUUCCUGCACCAUCGAAUGACAAGGGCUUUAAUAAGGAAAAAUUUAAUCCGCCAAAUACAAUACAAGCUAAAGUGAAGAUAAAAGAUUUAGUUGAAAUUGAAAUGGCUACGAAUAACAAAUCAAAGAUGAACGACAAAAAAGAAUUAAAAAAAGAAUCUAACGGUGUUGAUUUGACCUACGCUAUGAAAACUAAUGAAGAUUUAAUCUACAAGUACAGUUUUCGUAGAGUAUUUCUUCAGAGUAGAUGCCAUGUGUGUAAAAAGGAUUUAGUUCAAAGGGUGCCUUGUAAAUUCUGUUCAUUAGUGUUUUACUGCAGCCAAAAACAUAAAGAUGAAGAUUGGUCACAUCACCAAUCGCUAUGCUUUGCGGUAUCAACCAUUGCUCAUUUAAGAGAACAAAAACAUAUCUACGCGGAUGCACAAAAUAUUUUGGGUCAUGAUUAUCGCGUAUUAAGAAUGCAGACCAUACUAUCUUGCGAGAAGAUUUUAAAUAGAAAGCUGGUGCCUUGGGAGCAGGAGGCGCUCCUGUAUCCUCGAAUGUGUGGGGAUAUCAAAUGUAGACAAUGGAGACAAGAGCAGUUAAAAGAUUGUGCGGGAUGUGGUCAGAUAUCUUUCUGCAACGAUCAUCCAGAGCAUCUACCGUCGUCACAUCAGCGUUGGUGUAAAUCUUAUGCACUGUAUCAAAAGAUGGUAAAUUACCAGCUGACAAAGGGUCGGUUGGAACCGCCACUUCCCACCAGGGUCUUGAACCAUUAUAAAAUUCCUGGGAAGUUAAAUGAGGUUUUAGGAUCGAUGUACAAAGAAAAAAUUGAUAUGGAUGACAUCCAAUAUGCAGCUCUAACGCAGAUCGCAACAGCUCCGUUAACUACAGCUUACAGCCAUCAACUCUAUUCCAGCAAGAUGAACUCUUCAUACGCCAAUGGGGCGGAAAAGAAUUCCACCUUCACAAUCCAUUUGGUCGGCAUCGAGCUACCAUUUGAAGCAGAUUCCCUCAACAAAUGGGAGAAAUUCUUCUUGCAUCUGCGAUCUGAUGUGCAAGAUUUGAGGGUGGUGAUGGUUGGUCCAGAUAUUAAUUCAUCUAAGUUACCACUUGAUUUGCUCGGCAAGAUUAAGUUAUGUGAAAACUGUCGUACAAACAAACGGCGUGUAUUAUUUGAUUUUCAUGAAAGCUACCAAGACUAUUACUUGAACGACGGUUUCGUUACACCUGAUAUAGUUUGCGCUUUCAACCCAAAUAUACAUAGAUCAUCUGCAAAUAAUAUCAACACAUGGCCCACUACAAUAAACUUUAUAUUAAAACAACGAGUCCCAUUUGUUCUCACUUCCUACUCGAUAGAAGAGUUAAGAAGAGAUCUAGGAAGAGUAAGAGAGUGCACAAAAGUAGAUUUUAAUGUAGUUUCUGAAAUAAAAUAUAAUCCUUUUGGUAGUGUAAGACCUGACAGAAAUUUUAUAACUGAUCAUGAAAUACCAUUACUAUUUAAAAACUAUUGUUUUUGUAUUCUGUGUGGAACCCUUUGAAUUAAGUUUUAUAAUUUAUGUCUGUUUUGAAACUUUGCUAUGCCUAUGUGAAUUAGAAUAAAAGUUGUGUCAC